GGCCCCUCGCGCCGCGGGCCCGCGGGGCGAGCGAGCGAGCGAGCGAAAGAACGAGCCGAGAGGGUGGCUGCCGCCCCCCUCCUUCCCCGGCCUGACCGCAGCCCGACGCCAUGGCGCGGGUACCCCCGACGGGCCAGUUUCGAUUCCGGGCACCGCAUCAGCCUGCUCAACCCUUUAAAUUUACAAUUUCCGAAUCCUGUGAUCGGAUUAAGGAAGAGUUUCAGUUUUUACAGGCUCAAUACCACAGUCUGAAGCUGGAAUGUGAGAAACUCGCCAGUGAGAAGACAGAGAUGCAGCGGCAUUAUGUCAUGUAUUAUGAAAUGUCCUAUGGGUUGAAUAUAGAAAUGCACAAGCAGGUAAGUUAUUUUUUUAUAACCAUUUUAAAUGACAGUAAUACUGGUAUACUUUGAAAAGAAAAUU